CCGCGGUCGUUCGUAAAAGCAGUCCCUCACUCAUACCAUGGCCCCUCACGCACGUAGCCUCCAAUCCCCUACUUCUCCAAUGCGUACAAAGAAGCCUGUGGUGCUACCAGGCUUCCGCGCACCUCCAAAGCCUAAGCAAAAGCCCAUCUCCCAAAUGACUGCGCGAGAACUACACGACCAACACGAUCGGAAUGCAAGACUGUUAAACUCGUCAUCAGCAUGCACGUCUGCCCUCGGGCAACGCCUUUCGGCUGAGCAAGCAGCCAUCGAGUCUCGCUUGCUCGAACUCGAGGGGGUCGAAGACAUUCGUAGAAGUCUCAAGAAGACCGAUAUCAAUGCCGACGAGAUCAUGAAUGUCGACCAACCAUAUGUGCCUCGUGUAAUCGAUGCCAAGCACAGGGCGUUGUCUCGCUACGCACCCAUCGCACCCAAUGGUGCUCAACAUGUCGGUUCCCUGAGCUUACAGGAAGCAGUGGAACUGGAGAAACGUGCCCACGUGCAAGACGCAGCGAGACAACAACGAUUAGAUGAACGCAAGAGGCGUAUAGGGCUUCCAACCAGAGGGGAAGUUCUUUCCAGAGCAGAGAUGGAUGCACGAAUGUGGGCCUUCGUCAACUACAAGCCGACAGACUCUGACCUCGAAGAUGAUAUGGACGAGGAUGACGAAGACGAAGACCCAUCAACUUGGUUUGAAGAUGACCAGGAUGACGGUGUCAAAGGUCAAGAUAUUGUUGAACCGGAUGAUGAAGAAAUCUAUAAUGUUAUCCGGGUUGAUGAGAGUAGGGUGCGAUACAGCACCUUCUACGAACCCAGGGAGGGCGAUUGACACGCAUAGUAUGUAAUACCAUAUAAUAUGUGAUGAUGUGCACUAUUUUACUUGUAGUCAUAUUAUGUGACGUUAGAG